AUGGCGGCCUACAAAGGCAGCAUUAGACCCCAUGGCGCUCCCGAGUUGAAGAUUUGCGUCAUUGGCGAUGAAGAUACUGUGGCAGGCUUCCUGAUGGCUGGCAUCGGCAUGCGAGACGGAUCUGGAAGAACAAACUUCUUGGUAGUCGACACAAAGACGAAGAGGCAGGACGUCGAAAGGGCGUUCCACGACUUCACACACAGGAACGAUGUCGGCAUUGUCUUAAUCAACCAACACGUGGCAGAUGAUAUUCGUUAUUUAGUGGACUUGCAUUGCCGCGUCGUGCCCACGAUCCUGGAAAUUCCCAGCAAAGACAGGCCUUAUGACCCCAGCAAAGAUUCUGUCAUGCAGCGCGUGAAGUUUUUCUUUGGAGGCGAACUGCCGUCAUAA